AUGGUUAUAUACAAGAAGCUUGGCUUAGGAGCUAGGGCUUGCUUGCUGGCUGGGAGCCCUCCCUGGGACCUGGAAGCCGUGGUACAAUCCACCGUCUACUGGCGGGUGCAACGAGCAAGAGCGGAAGGAAACUGGCCAGCCCCUCCGGAAGUCCGUAAAUGGCGGGAAGAGGCUCAAGACGUGCUAUUUGCACAAUGGGCGGAGCGUUUAGAGAUCCCGGGACCCAGCCGGGAUUUGGUGGCUGCUGUUCGACCUGUUCUGCAAGAAUGGGUCCAACGAAGACAUAGCGCACUCUCCUUCCACCUCGCACAGAUCCUGACGGGACACGGCUGCUUCGGCAAAUAUCUGUGCGAGAUGCUGGGACGAGAGCCGACAACGGCGUAUCACCACUGUGGAGGAGCCAUGGACACGGCCAAGCACACACGCGAAGAGUGCUCUGCGUGGUCACCGUAA